AUGUCUUCUGUUUCAGACAAUGCAUCAGCAAAGGGUGCUGAAGGAGCUAGCGGAAGCACAUCUGCAGCGGACUUGUCGAAUGUUGAAAUAAACGAAGCAACGACAGUUCCAGAGGUCGAGGUAAAGCAUGGACCAUUUCAGUCGCAACCUUCGUUGCGAGGAGAGAUGACCGAGGAACAAUUAAAGGAACUCGGCGACAAAAUGAGGAAGGAACAGGCGAAGAAAUAUUUUUCGUUAAGGGUAAGGGAAUUAGUUUUUUUCGUAUUAGGUAGAUUUUUAAUGCUGAGAACGCAGUUUUUCGAUUCUGCUAACGUAACGGAAACUUAGUACAAGCUUAGCUUGUACUUUGAACCAUACGAGCCAAGAAUUGCCUCUCAACUUUCACAUGUAAGCUUACUCUGAAUUUCUUUAGUCGCAAACUUACAUAUUUUUUUAUUUAAUGUUUAUUCAUCUUUUUUUCUCCCUUUUCUUCUUUCCAUUCAUUGUAAGUUUAUACCAGCUGCAUGUAUUGGCUUUCAUAAUAUUUUUACAUUAAGAUCAAGUUUCGCAUGCACUCAGAAAAUACAUGUAGAUGGUUUUUAAGCAAAAUGGCAGUGUUUUAGUCACCGUUGCUCGGUGCUCUUUCGUGCAAUAUCCUCACAUAGGAAUAUUUUACUGGCUUUCGCUAUUUUUUGCCGUCUCUCGAUGGUGUUGUUUAAAUGCUUGGAUCUUACUAUUAGCUCAUUUUUUAUUUAUAAUGUUCUCGUCAUUCUUGCGUAUGAAGACAUCAAAUAUUCCGUAAGUUCUGUCAGUGAAUGAGGUCACCACCUUCUAGUUAUAUCUGAGUUUAAUUAUUAGGUUAUCGCCUGAAAGAUGGUGUUUUCACUCAUGUUUGUUUUGUUUUAUUAUUAUUAUUUUUUUUACCUUGAUAUUUGUUUUGUGAUAAAAUUUUCACUUUAGAAUACUGUAGUUCUGCACCUUUGACCUUAUAAUGUCUUAUAAACGAAACAUUUCGAUUUUAUCAUGCAUAUUAUCCCUUGCAUAUAAAUGAAUAAAAUAAGGAAGUAAGGUCCUGUCCACUCUCUGUGACCAUCCUUCAAGGCAGCCUAAAAAUAUGAAUGUUAUUUUAAUUAACCUUGUUUUUUAAUUCCUCUAGGCUGAGAUGCUCAUUCUAAGGCCCGGUUCAGACGCUGAACUUUUCAUGAGCCGAUCCUAAUUUGAGUUAAGGCCGAACCAAAUUAUUUAGACUGACUGAAUUGAUUCAGACGCCGAUCUUAAUGACAGCUGAACUUUGUUCAAAAGGCGGAAAAAGUUCAUUUCAUUCAAACUGCUUACAAAAUACAUUAUAAUGAUUUAUGCUUUAGGUUUGGUACAUGAAAAGUUUGGCAUCUGAAUCAAAGCUGUUCUAAAGUCACUCUAAACGCAAGAUUCCUGGCCAGGCUAGGCGAAAAGAACGGCUGCAUGAGCCGUUCCAAAUUGAAACAAGCGUUCCUAGUUGAUUCAGACGCCGAAAUCUUCAUGAACUUAAUUCAGUGUAUUAGGCUCAUGAAAAGUUCAGCAUCUGAACUGGGCCUAAGCAGUGUAAAUCUCAAGUUAAUUGCAAACAGAGCAUAUAUCUUAUUUGUCACGGUAAUUACAUUGUAAUCUUGGAUUUUUGCCAAUCAUCUUUCUUGGCACCACAAACUUAAACUGACUGAUUCAUCUUAACCUUAUGCUUGGUCAGUGGCACAGGUACAUAGAGAAUACUUCAUGGAAAGUGCUGGCGUACGGUAUUUAUGCACUGGUUGUUGACGUAUCAGAAAUCAAAUGAGUGAGCGCAGCGAACGAGUAAGAUUUCUGAUACAAAAACAACGAGUGCGUAAAUACUGUACAAAGCACUUUCCAUGUGGCAUUGUGUUUAUUAUAUACAUACUGAGACAUUCAUCAUUUUGGCGGCCUUUUUAUUUUAAAUCUCAAAAAUGCUAAAAUUUGCCGCUACACACUUACCGCAAAAUGACAAGGAAAACGAAGUAUCAGCUUUUUAGCAAAAAUGUUUGUUAAAAACAUAAAUGACGUAAGGAUAUGAGGUAAUCCAAGAACUAUAAGUAAUCUUAACUGUUUGUUCUCAAUGCACCAUGAAAAUGAGUGAAUUUAAGUAAAAUGGCCGGUUUCAUUAUAAGCUUAAGCUUAAAUGAAAGGCAAAGUAACUCCAACAAAAAGCACAACAAAAGCUUACUUUUCGUUCUGUUUUUCCCUUUCCGCUGUUGUUUCGCCGCCUCUCUACCAUUUUCUUUAUCAACAGUGAAACAAACGAAACUAUUCCACUCCAUUUCCGAAAUGUUUUUCACUUUUUUAGAGAGAAAAACACUUUGAGUAAAUGUUUUCUUGUUGAAUGUGUGCGAAAAGGCGCUGCAGGCUGCAAUAAAAGGCGGGAAUUUUGGCGCUAAACUCACACACCUCUGUGGCUUCUGAUUGGACGUAUCAUUUUUCUCACACGUGAAAAAACAUCGUUCGCGAUUCUGAUUGGACGUAUCAUUUUUUUCAUGUGUGAAGACCAUUGUUCGCUCCUCUGAUUGGCUAGAACUAAUUUGCGUACAAAAAUUUACGACAUAGUUUUUUGGUGAGCAUUUCUCAGUAUGUAUAUAGUAAAAUAUAUUACAUGAAUUAUUGCUGCACCUUGCAAUAGAAAAAAAGAUUUUGGGACUUAACUUGGUGACCUGAGGGAAAAGUGCCAUGUUGCAGUAUUUUUAUCUGUAAAUAUUUAUGGCCUUUUAUUAUUAAAGUGAGGUUCACUGUUGAAAACAUUUCAUUAGUUAGGCCACCAUUUUAAGUUGUAUUUCACUUUUCAGGUAACUUUUAGCUCUAGUGACCAUUAUUUUUUGCCUAAAGGCUACUUCGAAAGGAGUUGAAUUUGGAGCACAGCAAAAGUAACUCAUCAGUAUUGAUUCAGUUAGUUUUUGUGCAAUGUUUAGAGGAUAGUGUGGGGUUGGGGGGGGGGGGGGGGGGUAGGGGAGAUACACGUAGGUCUGGUAAAAACAGAUUUCACACAAGGCACCCCAUUCAAUGUUGUUAGCAGUGUUUUGCCUGUGAUUCUAGCCUUAAGACAUGAUGUUGACUUUGCUUUCCUUGCCCAAGUAAACGCUUGAGAAUGGAAGGACAUUUCAGAUGUCCAGGUUGACUAAUUUCAUAACAAAAUUGUUAAUAAAAAAAGUUGGGAUUAGAAAAGAAGUGUGAUUACAUUGUAACUCCAUAAAUUUAAGUCCAGGUUUUUCAGGUCUGGGUAUUGUUUAUCGAGAUUCAACUGCCUUACAUUAAUUUUGUCCUAUGCAGGAGGGUGCAUUUGCCAAUGCUGUGGAGGAGUGCAAGUUGUAUUUGGAUGACAGUGAUGGGGAAAUCUUGAGCUCUUGGCUGUUAAGCGAGUAAGUGAAAUCAAAGUAUUUGUUCUGGCCUCCACAUUAAAUGUAAAUGAGAUAUACAAAUUUCUCAUCAUAAUGACCUCGAGAAUGUUGAUUUGGGCUCCUUUGCUUCUUGGUCAAAUCUCGUGGGGCUCUGUGGAUUCUUUACAUUGUCCAUUGAAAGCUGAAUUACAUGUAUUGAAAUCAGGACAUUGGCACAUAUCGUUACUGGGUAUUAAAUUAUGUUGCAACCUCACAUCAUGCUUCAAGAUAACCACCACCUGGUUAGCUCAGUUGGGAGAGCACCGAUCUGCUGUGGUUCAAACCCUGGGCAGACCAACACUCAGAGUCUUUAAAUAUCUGAAAAGAAUGUGCUGCCUUGUAAUGACAUCUGCAAACAGUUAGACUUUCUAGUCUUCUCGGAUGAAGACGAAAAACUAGGUCCUGUCUCACAGCAAUUUCUCUUAUCUUGUUCUUAUGAGAGGUAAAAGGACCCACACCACUGUUCGAAAAGAGUAGGGGACAUAGACCCCCGUGGUGUGGCUGACCUUUCCUUGGCUGGGUGGGUUAUCUGUAACUUGGAGAGAUCUUAAUAUACAUUUAGGGAUAACCUCAUGAUCCUCCUUUAGGUGUUGUACCUGUAAACAGUGUAUUUAUGUAAGGUGCUAAGGAAGAAGUUUAGGUAAAGAAAUUUUAGAGGUGGUGGUCAUAAAGUUAAUACCCACCAUUUACUUUUCUAGAUGGAGGGUGACCCCACAUUUUUUCCAGAUCACUUCCCUUACUGCAUUAUUUAUUUCUCUCUGUUUUAUCAAAAUGAUUAUGUUUGUGAGAAGUUUGAACUAUUUUGCUAUUGUCCUCUUGACAUAUGAUUUGGGAAUUCGUGCGUUCGUUACCAACCAAAAUUAUUCUGCUUGGUCCAUUCAUCCAUUUCUGGAGUUCAACUUCAGUUCAGGUUUUUUGGUUUAUUUUGUUUGUUUGUAUGUUUUUUUUAUAUGAUAAAAUUAAUUAUAUAGUACUUAGAACUGAGAGUGAGGUCAUUCAAGGGAGAUUACAGACCAAGGCCCUUGAUGUAUUGACCAAGCAAUAGUGAGGUCAAUACAUCAGGACCGAGGUCUGCAGUGAUUUUGUUACAAAUACAAAAGUAGUUAUGGUGAGUCGUGGGACUCAUCUUAUGAUAAAAAAAAUGAGUUCCAGUCCAGAACCAAUGAGUUCCAGUUAAAAAAAAAAAAGACCAAAAUUCAAAAUGCUUGGGCCUUAAAUUAUGUAACCAGACAGUCAAUUUAGGACUUGCUGUUUUUUUCACAAGAUGAGUCCCAUGACUCACCAUAACUAUUUGUAUUUGAAUCCUAUCCUUCUGCUCCACUCCCCUUUUCAUUUCUAAACUGGUGGGUUCCUUUGAAACUGUUUCUAAUAUUAUGAUAAAUUCUAUUCGCAGGAUUGACCACUGGGAUCAUGAAAAAGAAAGGAUUGUCCUUAUCACCAAGAAGACCCUUUGCUUGGUAAAGUACAAUUUCAUUGGGUUGAAAGUUGAUGAGAUGAGAAAAGUGCCAUUGAUCAAUUGUGACAAAAUUCAGAUUGGUAGAUUUGUGUAUCCUAAAACCACCAUGAUGAUGUGAGUACAGUAACUAUUCUACUUUGGGACUUUUAAUGCCAACAUUUCUUCAAGGUUUUGCUUUGGAAAAAUGGUAUGGAGGCCAAAUUCUCUCAACCCUUUAAGUCCCAAUAGUGACCAACAUCAAUUUUCUCCUAACAAUAUCCAUAGAUUGUCAAGUGCAACAUCUAUGAGAAUUAAUCAAAUGAUCACAAAGAGAAAAAUCUCUGAUCUUUUAUGAAUUUCUCCCAACUUAUUCUGUAAGGAAAUGUAUAGAGAUCAGUUUAGAGAAUUUGUUUUUGGAUAUUGGGGCUUAAAGGGUUAAACCUAUAAAACUACUGUUUCCAUGUGAUGAGUUUCAAUAGCUAAUGAGUCCUGGACAUCUCCCUGAGGCAAAAGCAACUUGAUUGCCAGGGACCGUUGGGCUCUGCUAAGGCAGGGCUCCUCUUAUGCAUAAUUCUCACCUUUUGGUAUUGAUUAUCACUUCUCAAACUCAUUAAUAAUUCAUAAAGAAAAAACAAAGGAAAUUAAUGCUAAGGCAUGGCCCCUCUUAUGAGUAAUUCUCGCCAUUUGAUAUGGAUUAUCUCUUCUCAAACUCAUUAAUAAUUCUUAAAGAGAAUACAAAGGAAAUUAAUGUUCAAUGAGUGUCUGGAAAUCAGAUGAAAAACUACUCAUUAUCAAGCAUUUGACACAGUGUUACAUCACCAGAUGAAACACCUCGAAGUUCAUCAAAAAUACUCUACAUACUGCACGUCAUAUUUUCAACUCUCUUCUCACUGUUUCUUCUGGUGAUGAAACACUGUCUCAUUCCUGAUACAUGUAUGUUACAUCUUACACAUACUUUCAUGAACAUAAAAAAUAAAUAAGUGAAUACAUUUGGUAAAUAAAAUGAGGGUAGCACAUAGUCCUUGCAGAGUAAUAGGCCUGUGGCCUUAAAUUUCUCAAUUGAAGUGAAAAUUGGAACUGUUGAAUUAUGUAAGGGAGAACGUCCUCUGGAGAAGAACCAGGAGGAAAAACCCUUAGCAGAGCUUGAGAACCAAAGUCAAACUCAGCAGUUACAUAUUGAUGCACACAAAGUAACCUUUUCAGAGAAAAUUAAAUUGAUGAUGAGCACGGCUUUAUCAAGUUAAACAAAAAUAUGAGAAAUAUCCUAUACUGCUUUAGGAUAUAAAAAUAUUUUUAAAAAGUACAACAUCAACAAAUUAUCUUGGGUUGGUCAUGCAUCCAGAAACACGAUAGAAAAAACAAAAUCUUCUCUAAAAGAAGAAAAGAGCAAAGAGCGGAAAAAAUUUCUCUAAAGGACUGUCGCACACUCUUUUUCAGUCCGCGGCACUUCCAAACCGGAUUGCGUGUCUACUUUGGCAAAAACGUCCAACCAACAUUUCUUCAAAACUGGAAUCCAUGGUCACGUGCAAUCCCCUUUGUCACGUUUGCUUGGCACAGAGGCAAUGACGUCAUGGCCAGAUUACCUGCGCACAUGCAGCUCGAUCCAUUUCAGCAGGCUAUUAUUCAAGCCAUCACCGAGGCCCACAACGCACUUCAAGAAGGCGUGGCACAAGAAUCUCUCGAGAUUGCGCACAAUGAGCCAAUACUAAUUGAAGUGUAUUGUGGGUUUUCGCCGAUACUUCAUAACUAUGGCAUCCUAGGGUUUAACCGUGAUCGGGGAAAGUUUGGAUUUUAGGGCUUUGGAUGUCGUGGUUUUAGUUUGUGAACAACGUGUAUGUGCGCUACAGUUUUACAUGAAGGCGUUUUUAAGUUAAUUCAUUUUAAGAUACAUGUACCUUUAAACUACUCAUAUCUUUGUGAGCAAAAUUUAAUUCAGGAGUAAUCAACCAAUUAUUUUCUUUUGUAUUACUAACUUACUAAAGAUAAAGAAUAUUGCACUGUAAGACAAAUAUGGGGUAGUUUGAUAAAGUGUUAAUAAUAUUCUAAUAAUAAGUACAUGUACAUGUAUAGUAACUUAAUAAGUGCUCAAUUAUUUAUACAUGUUAGUACUCGGUUGAAAAAUGCGUGCGUUAAAAAUCAGGCUUUUAUUAAUUUCAUACUUAGUUAGAGCUUGUAGAAAGUACAUGUGACUAAAGAAUUUCGCAGCUAAAUAUGUUGUCCUUCCCAGUCGUUUUAAUCAUAUCCUCUGACUCACCACCUCGACUGGUCACGUGACGUGGGUUCCAGUUUAGAAGAUCCAGUACAUCGUGCGCUGGCCUCAAUCCACACGAACAUUGUAAAGCAAGUCAUGGCUUGGUGCAUUUGUUUGAAUGGUAUAACGAAAUAGAGGAAAAGAAAAAGACAAGUGGCUUUAAAUCUUUAAUACAAUAUCUACUAUCGAAUUUCUCUUCCAAAGGUUGAAAGAAAAGAACGCGAGCCGCCAUUCAGUAUAAUGUGUGUAUGAAGUCAUUUCGCCCAACAAGAAAGGGGCAGAAAGCUCCAAAAAUAUACAAAACUGGUGUAAAUCAUGCACAGAGUACAAGCGUUCAACUGUUUGAACAGCAUCAGUUCAGCAUUCAUUGUUGGCCUUUUUUCUCCCCGUAGGAUCACUGGUUACGCUGACAACAGUCCCCACUCCAAACAGUCCGGCUUGCGCAUUUUCUACUCGCAUCAAGAACCCGGCUUCUUCCAGAACUGGAACCCAUGGUCAAACGAAAUGCCUUACAUCUCGUUAACCAGUCACGUGCAAAGUGCGCUCGUUGAGUCUCCACCCGAAGCUGUGCAGCACAGCCUGUUCAGCAAGGCUCUCAUUGACGCAAUAACCAACGCCCGAGAAACGGAACCGAACAGGGAAAUAAUCAAUAGUUUUGAAGUGGUGGAGGCAGAGUUAGAAAUCUAUGUUUAUAUUGGGUUGAGCGCCAUGAUUUAUAAUCAAAGCAAGCUCGGUUUUUGCAAAGACCGCGGCAACGUUUUCUUUUAA